AUGUCUCGCCAGUCUAGUGUCUCUUUCCGCAGCGGAGGCAGCCGCUCCUUCAGCGCCGCCUCCGCCAUCACCCCGUCGGUCUCUCGCACCAGCUUCAGCUCUGUGUCGCGGUCCAGGGGCGGCGGGGGCAGCCGGGUCAGCCUUGGGGGAGCUUAUGGAGGGGGUGGCUUUGGCAGCCGGAGCCUCUACAAUCUGGGAGGCUCCAGGAAGAUUUCUAUCAGCACCAGCGGUGGCGGCUUCAGGAACCAAUUUGGUGUUGGCGCUGGAGGCGGCUAUGGCUUCGGAGGUGGAGCCGGCAGUGGAUUUGGUUUCGGCGCGGGCAUGGGGGGCGGCUUGGGGCUCGGCGCUGGAGCUGGUUUUGGCGGCGGCUACGGGGGCGCCGGCUUCCCCGUGUGCCCCCCUGGAGGCAUCCAAGAGGUCACGGUCAACCAGAGCCUCCUGACGCCCCUCAACCUGCAAAUCGACCCCACCAUCCAGCGCGUGAGGACGGAGGAGCGCGAGCAGAUCAAGACCCUCAACAACAAGUUCGCCUCCUUCAUUGACAAGGUGCGCUUCUUGGAGCAGCAGAACAAGGUCCUGGACACCAAGUGGACGCUGCUGCAGGAGCAGGGCACCAAGACCGUGAGGCAGAGCCUGGAGCCGCUGUUCGAGCAGUACAUCAACAACCUCCGGAGGCAGCUGGACAGCAUCCUCGGGGAGAGGGGCCGCCUGGACUCGGAGCUCCGGAACAUGCAGGACCUGGUGGAGGACUUCAAAAACAAGUACGAAGAUGAAAUUAACAAGCGCACGACCGCUGAGAACGAGUUUGUGAUGCUGAAGAAGGACGUGGACGCCGCCUACAUGAGCAAGGUGGAGUUGGAAGCCAAGGUGGACGCGUUGAUGGACGAGAUCAACUUCCUGAAGAUGUUCUACGACGCGGAGCUGUCCCAGAUGCAGACCCACGUCUCCGACACAUCCGUGGUGCUGUCCAUGGACAACAACCGCUCCCUGGACCUGGACAGCAUCAUCGCCGAGGUCAAGGCCCAGUACGAAGAGAUCGCCAACCGCAGCCGAACGGAAGCUGAGUCCUGGUACCAGACCAAGUACGAGGAGCUGCAGCAGACUGCCGGCCGGCACGGUGACGACCUGCGCAACACCAAGCACGAGAUCUCCGAGAUGAACCGCAUGAUCCAGCGGCUCCGGUCUGAGAUCGACAACGUGAAGAAGCAGUGCGCCAACCUGCAGAACGCCAUCGCCGACGCGGAGCAGCGUGGGGAGCUGGCCCUCAAGGACGCCAGGAACAAGCUGGCCGAGCUGGAGGACGCCCUGCAGAAGGCCAAGCAGGACAUGGCACGGCUGCUCAGGGAGUACCAGGAGCUCAUGAAUGUGAAGUUGGCGCUGGACGUGGAGAUCGCCACCUACAGGAAGCUGCUGGAGGGCGAGGAGUGCAGGCUGAGUGGAGAAGGAGUUGGACCAGUCAACAUCUCUGUCGUCACCAACAGCAUCUCCACCGGCUACGGCGGCGGCAGUGGCUACGGCGGCGGCAGCGGCUUCGGCGGCGGCCUGGGUGGAGGCCUAGGCAGUGGGCUGGGUGGAGGCGGCGGUGGCAGCCUGUACUCCAGCAGCAGUGGGGGCGGCCUAGGCAGUGGCCUCAGCAUGGGGGGCUCUGGCUUCAGCGCCAGCAGUGGCCGAGGCAUGGGCAUGAGCUUUGGCAGCAGCGGGGGCAGCAGCUCCAGUGUCAAGUUUGUGUCCACCACAUCCUCGUCCCGAAGGAGCUUUAAGAGCUAA